GCAUGCAUGAAGAGAAUCAAACCAUGGUCUUGAUUGAUGAAACCAAGUUCAUCAUCUCUUGAUGUCUUAAGAUCUUAACCAGUCAGUAUAUAUAAGUAAGGGUAGCUAAAGCCUUUGUCCAUAACAAGCUCUCUUGCCGAUGGCUGCUUCUCUACUUCUCUUGUUGGUCUCUUGCAUUGCCUUCCUCUCUUCUUCCUCGGAAGCCUAUGAUUACCCUCCUCUGGUGAAUGGCCUCUCCUUCGACUUCUACAAGUCGAGUUGCCCCAGCCUCAAGUCCAUCGUCAGGAAGCACCUGAAGCAAGCCUUCAAGAACGACGUCGGCCUCGCUGCCGGCCUUCUCCGACUCCACUUCCAUGACUGCUUCGUUCAGGGCUGCGAUGGAUCGAUACUGCUCGACGGAUCGGCUGGUGGACCGAGCGAGAAGGACGCGCCGCCCAACUUGACUCUCCGGCCGGCGGCCUUUGAAGCCAUCAAUGACCUCCAGGCUCUCAUCACCAAGGCCUGCGGGCAGGUCGUCUCGUGCGCCGACAUCGCCGCUCUCGCCGCCCGCUACUCCGUUCACUUGUCCGGUGGCCCAAAAUACAAGGUUCCUGUCGGCCGGCGCGACGGGCUGAGCUUCGCGACCCGGGACGACGUCCUCAGCUCCCUUCCUGGCCCCACAUUCAACGUCACCAACCUCCUCGACGCCUUCGGCAAGCUGGACCUCGACGCGGACGACCUCGUCUCCCUCUCCGGCGGCCACACCAUCGGCAUCGGCCACUGCACCUCCUUCGAGAACCGGCUCUUCCCCUCCCAGGACUCGACCCUGGACCAGACCUUCGCCGACAACCUAUACCUCACCUGCCCCGUCGCCAACACCACCAACACCACCGUGCUCGACGUCCGAUCGCCAGACACCUUCGACAACAAGUACUACGUGGAUCUGUUGAACAGGCAGGGGCUGUUCACGUCCGACCAAGACCUGUACACCGACUCCAGGACGCAGCCCACCGUCGAGAGAUUCGCUGCCAAGCAGUCCUUGUUCUUCAAGAAGUUCGUCUUCUCAAUCACUAAGAUGGGCCAGCUGAGCGUGCUGACUGGCAACCAAGGCGAGAUCCGAAGUAACUGCUCCGCGAUCAACUCAGGCAACAAGCUCCUGUCAUCAAUGGCGGAUGGUGAGGGUGGAAGUAAUGCCUUCUAAGUAGAUGUAUGCGGCCAGAUGUAGCAUUAGGGAAAUUUGCUAUCACUUCUGAUCACCCAAAAGCUUGUAUCUCGUUCGUGUUCGGUACAACUGCUGAGGUUUUGCGAACACCGUCAUUGCUGUAUUUGGAUUGCAGGAAGAUAUAUCUACAGCUUCAAUCUCAUAUGAGUUCA